AUGCCAUAUAAACCCAAUACAACCACACCAACUCAAGAAGCCUAUCUCAGCCCGAGACCCCCACUUCAGCCCGAGGCCCCCACUUCAGCCCGAGGCCCCCACUUCAGCCCGAGACCCCCACUUCAGCCCGAGGCCCCCACUUCAGCCCGAGACCCCCACUUCAGCCCGAGACCCCCACUUCAGCCCGAGACCCCCACUUCAGCCCGAGACCCCCACUUCAGCCCGAGACCCCCACUUCAGCCCGAGGCCCCCACUUCAGCCCGAGGCCCCCACUUCAGCCCGAGGCCCCCACUUCAGCCCGAGACCCCCACUUCAGCCCGAGACCCCCACUUCAGCCCGAGGCCCCCACUUCAGCCCGAGACCCCCACUUCAGCCCGAGACCCCCACUUCAGCCCGAGACCCCCACUUCAGCCCGAGGCCCCCACUUCAGCCCGAGACCCCCACUUCAGCCCGAGGCCCCCACUUCAGCCCGAGACCCCCACUUCAGCCCGAGGCCCCCACUUCAGCCCGAGGCCCCCACUUCAGCCCGAGGCCCCCACUUCAGCCCGAGGCCCCCACUUCAGCCCGAGGCCCCCACUUCAGCCCGAGACCCCCACUUCAGCCCGAGGCCCCCACUUCAGCCCGAGGCCCCCACUUCAGCCCGAGGCCCCCACUUCAGCCCGAGGCCCCCACUUCAGCCCGAGGCCCCCACUUCAGCCCGAGGCCCCCACUUCAGCCCGAGGCCCCCACUUCAGCCCGAGACCCCCACUUCAGCCCGAGGCCCCCACUUCAGCCCGAGACCCCCACUUCAGCCCGAGACCCCCACUUCAGCCCGAGACCCCCACUUCAGCCCGAGGCCCCCACUUCAGCCCGAGGCCCCCACUUCAGCCCGAGACCCCCACUUCAGCCCGAGGCCCCCACUUCAGCCCGAGGCCCCCACUUCAGCCCGAGGCCCCCACUUCAGCCCGAGGCCCCCACUUCAGCCCGAGGCCCCCACUUCAGCCCGAGACCCCCACUUCAGCCCGAGGCCCCCACUUCAGCCCGAGGCCCCCACUUCAGCCCGAGGCCCCCACUUCAGCCCGAGGCCCCCACUUCAGCCCGAGGCCCCCACUUCAGCCCGAGGCCCCCACUUCAGCCCGAGACCCCCACUUCAGCCCGAGGCCCCCACUUCAGCCCGAGACCCCCACUUCAGCCCGAGACCCCCACUUCAGCCCGAGGCCCCCACUUCAGCCCGAGACCCCCACUUCAGCCCGAGACCCCCACUUCAGCCCGAGGCCCCCACUUCAGCCCGAGACCCCCACUUCAGCCCGAGGCCCCCACUUCAGCCCGAGACCCCCACUUCAGCCCGAGACCCCCACUUCAGCCCGAGGCCCCCACUUCAGCCCGAGGCCCCCACUUCAGCCCGAGGCCCCCACUUCAGCCCGAGACCCCCACUUCAGCCCGAGACCCCCACUUCAGCCCGAGGCCCCCACUUCAGCCCGAGGCCCCCACUUCAGCCCGAGACCCCCACUUCAGCCCGAGACCCCCACUUCAGCCCGAGGCCCCCACUUCAGCCCGAGACCCCCACUUCAGCCCGAGACCCCCACUUCAGCCCGAGGCCCCCACUUCAGCCCGAGACCCCCACUUCAGCCCGAGGCCCCCACUUCAGCCCGAGGCCCCCACUUCAGCCCGAGGCCCCCACUUCAGCCCGAGACCCCCACUUCAGCCCGAGGCCCCCACUUCAGCCCGAGACCCCCACUUCAGCCCGAGACCCCCACUUCAGCCCGAGACCCCCACUUCAGCCCGAGACCCCCACUUCAGCCCGAGGCCCCCACUUCAGCCCGAGGCCCCCACUUCAGCCCGAGGCCCCCACUUCAGCCCGAGACCCCCACUUCAGCCCGAGGCCCCCACUUCAGCCCGAGACCCCCACUUCAGCCCGAGACCCCCACUUCAGCCCGAGACCCCCACUUCAGCCCGAGACCCCCACUUCAGCCCGAGACCCCCACUUCAGCCCGAGACCCCCACUUCAGCCCGAGGCCCCCACUUCAGCCCGAGACCCCCACUUCAGCCCGAGACCCUAGUGGGAAGCAGGAAGUAAAAACUCUGACAUCAAAUACACUCGGAAUGCCAACUGGUUAUUUAACAACCAUCGAAUGUUUGAAUUAUUUGUAA